GCGACAGCUUAAAUACUACUUUGUUCGACAUCUUUGGGCCUCUGCAAGUGUAUAGAAAGGGUCGCAUCUGGAUAUAGAAUGAGAUAAUCGCGACAAAGAUGGCCGACGUACAUGCAAACAGCCGCCCGACGGUAGACGACUUGACUGGCGACAACCAAUAUGCCCAGCUGGCGCGCAAGCACUGGCUAAACAAGACCAAGCAGCCCAAAGUACAGCGCGAUGUCAUUGAGAAGGAGCUUUGGACACCAUUGGAGCAAGAAGACUUUACAUCGCUGCUGUUGCUGGAACAAUUGCAGCUCCUGGAGUUGUACCUAUGGCCUGGAUAUACCGACGACGCCUCGAAUCACCACGUUCAACUGCUGGCUAUGAUCGUCAAUAUGAAGCGCCGUGAAGGUCUCGCUGUCUGGGACUGCUUCCACCAACAAUCAGAGAACUUCUCGUCGCUGUUCCGUCGCGUACUGUCCAUGACCAUCGACACAUCCAUCCCGACCACCCUCCGAACACACCUCCUUACCUUCAUCAUCAUCGCCUACCAAUCGCUCGAUAGCGGCAUUGUCAGGAAGGAAUGCGCACCACUCGUCAACAUCGCUGUUUGGCACAACCUCCACACUGAGGAAGCAAGAGAUGCACACUUGGAGAGAGCCGUACAACUUCAAAAGGCUUGGAGAGCGGCAAACAAGAGAUACGAUGGCUCAGAUGCUCCCACUCAGGCUCGCAUACGUUUCGAGAGGUCAUGGCUGUAUACUCUGAUCCUGGACUUCUUCGAUCGCCUGUACGAUACGACUGCCAAAUCUCGCGCCGAUAACGUCCUUUACUGCGAACGCUUUAUCGAACUGCUGUCCGACCUGCAAAGUCAGCUGCCCACCAGAAGAUUUGUCAACACUCUGCUGCAAGAUCUCAACAUUUUAUCCGUCAUCAAGCUAUCUCCCAUGUACGCGGAUGAGGACAAUGCUCUCUUGCGCGACCUUUACAACCUGCUCCAACAUUACACAACCUUCCCAAUUGAAGAUCACAGUGGCCGACAGUACACUCCUCUCGAAUUCGAUCAGCAACACCAUGCCGCUUUGACGAGAUUGCAGAGAGUCUCCUUCAAACAUUUCCAGGACAAGUUAAGGAUUCUGGUUUUGGCCAACUUUGCCUCACUAGCAACGAGGGAGGAUCUGCAAAGCCAUUUGGCUUCUUUAUCCGACGAUGAAGUCACUGAAUUAUGCCGUCUGCUCGGCUUCCGGACCGACUAUCCUAGUUCGAGUCUCGUCACGCGCGACCGUACCUUCUACAUGGAAGUCUUACUUUCUGCUCAUGAGAGCUUACCCAUGUAUCAGCAGAUGAUGCAGAAUAUGGCUGUGGUUCCUACCGAAGAUGCCAUCUACGACUCUGCCUUUGUUCGCAAUGAGAGCUACAACGGAACUAGACCCCUGGCUAUUCCUAAGCUGAAUCUGCAGUAUCUGACUAUGGGAGAUUUCUUGUGGAGAUCGUUCGUGUUGUACAGAGCGGAAGCCUUUUAUCAGAUCCGCAAGGACAUUGAAGAUACUGUCAAGAGGCUGCAACCGAGAAAGGCUGGACCCGCUACAAAGUUUGACGGCUUCUCAAAGAUGGCCAUCCCUAUUACGAGACCUGCCGUCAUUGAUGUCGCACCUGCCAAAGUUUCAGAGCUUCACCCUUCGAAAGUCGAGGUGGAAGUGACGCUUGAUGUUGGUCGAUUGGGUCCCAACAUCCGCAGAGAGUGGGAGACACUACGAUCAGGUGAUAUCGUUUUCUUGGUAUCUGUUCAGGUUGGAGAUACGACAUCAGUCUUCAGCAACGGCGGGUCCGAAUCAGCCGAUGUAGCAGAGAGGCACGGUGUCAAGCAUGUCCGUUCUGCGGAAGUGAUUCAAGUACAGGAUGAGAACGGUCGCAUGUUACGUGAUCAAUCACAAGCUCAAACCAAUGGUGGAGCUUCAAGAGGUGGCCGUCAGCGAAGACUCCUACUUCGACUUGACCCGGUGGCAUAUCAACAAGAUAAGGAGCGCACAGACAAGGGCAGGCCGGAUAUCCUUGAAAGCAUCAACCUUCUUGUACGACGCCAAGGACGUGAGAAUAACUUCAAGCCUAUCUUGGACUCUAUCAAGCACUUGGCGCUGUCUGAUGUCCCAGCUCCUCAGUGGUUGCAGGAGGUGUUCCUAGGCUACAGCGAUCCAGCUGCUGCAACCUACCAGCGUCUACCAAACAGACUGAACUCGAUCGACUACCGAGACACAUUCCUUGACUGGCAGCAUCUGGUUGAGUCCUUGCCUGGAAAUACUGUAGAGCCAGACGAAAAGCUCAACUCAAGCUUCCCACCACCAUAUGUUCUAGAGAUUUCGGCAGCGCCACCCCCAGAGGCCAGACCGAGUAAGAGACGCAAACGUGAGCAGAUCGAAGCCGCACCUGCGCCUGCCGUGGAGGCUGUCAAGGUCGGAACUUACAAGCCCGCCAAUCCAGGACCCUACCCUGUGGAUGCCCCCAGGCUGAAUGGUGUUCGCUUCACACCGACACAAAUUGAGGCCAUCACAUCUGGAACUCAGCCAGGUUUGACCGUCAUCGUUGGUCCCCCUGGAACUGGCAAGACCGAUGUCGCAACCCAAAUUAUCAACAACAUCUAUCACAACUUCCCCGAGCAACGCACACUGCUUGUUGCUCACAGCAAUCAAGCCCUCAAUCAACUCUUCCAGAAGAUCACAGCUCUGGAUAUCGACGAGCGUCAUCUUCUCAGACUCGGACACGGCGAGGAAGAACUCGAGACAGAAGCCAGCUAUAGCAAGCAUGGUCGUGUCGAAUCCUUCAUGGAGAAUGCCGCUCUAUAUUUGCACGAGGUUACUCGAUUGGCCGCAAGUAUUGGCGCUCCUGGUGCUCAUGGAAGCACUUGCGAGACUGCCGAUUACUUCAACCAAGUCUACGUCAAGCCAGUCUGGACAAAAUACUGGGACACUGUGACUGCGGGUGCAGAGUCCCAACAGAUCAUCGACUCCUUCCCUUUCCACGCCUACUUCUCCAACGCCCCGCAACCCCUCUUCCCUGCAACUGCCUCUCGCGAUGAACUCGUCGAUAUUGCUUCAGGCUGCAACAACCAUCUCCAACACAUCUUCGCUUCUCUCGCCGACACCCGUCCCUUCGAAAUCCUCCGUACUGCUCGUGACAAGGCAAACUACCUUCUCAUCAAGGAAGCUCGUAUCAUCGCAAUGACAUCCACACAUGCCGCCAUGCGCCGUCAAGAAAUCGCCGACUUGGGCUUCCGAUAUGACAAUAUCAUCAUGGAAGAAGCGGCUCAAGUUACCGAGAUCGAGAAUUUCAUCCCUCUCGCGUUGCAGAAGCCUCGUGAUGGUGAGAUGAAAUUGCAACGUGUGGUAUUGGUCGGUGAUCACCUUCAAAACAGCCCUAUCGUGCAAAAUCUGGCCUUCCGUCAAUAUGCCAACUUGGAGCAGAGUUUGUUCUUGCGAUUGGUGAGAUUGGGUGUACCUACUAUUACUCUUGAUCAACAAGGUCGCGCAAGACCUUCUCUUGCUGAACUUUAUAAGUGGAGAUACCCUAGCUUAGGCAACCUUCCGCUGGUGACAUCUACACCGCAGUUCCUGCAGGCCAAUGCAGGUUUUGCCUACGAUUACCAAUUCAUCGAUGUUCCAGAGUACAAGGGUAGAGGCGAGACCGAGCCAUCACCGCAUUUCAUCCAGAACUUGGGAGAGGCUGAGUAUGCAGUCGCCAUCUACAUGUACAUGAGACUGCUCGGCUACCCAGCAGAGAGAAUCAGUAUCUUGACUACUUACGCCGGUCAGCGCGCGCUGGUCAGAGAUGUACUUAAGCAUCGUUGUCAAAACAACCGUAUGUUUGGUCUUCCUGGCAAAGUCAGCACGGUGGACAAGUACCAGGGCGAGCAAAAUGAUUACAUCAUUCUCUCACUCACACGUACAUCACGACCUGGCUACCUCCGCGAUAUCCGCCGUCUAACCGUCGCACUCUCCCGUGCCCGUCUAGGCCUCUACAUCCUCGGUCGCAGAAGUGUCUUCAGCAGCACUCCUGAUCUCGCCACAGCAUUUUCCUCUCUCCUCGCCCGUCCCGCAGCUCUCACACUUUCGACAGGAGAAAUGUUCCCCGCCCAACGUAGUGUAGAAGAGACUGGCAAUACGGCGGAAAUGGAAGGUGUAGAACAUCUGGGUCAAUAUGUGUUCGAGAUGACAAAGGCAAAGGUUGAAGCUAUCAAGAAGGGUGAAGGACAGUUGCCGCCGGUCAGCGGUGUACAGGAUGCUGAGAUGGAGGAUGAGGAGGAGGUUUAUGCCGAGGAUGAGGGAAUGGCUGAGGAGGAUGAUGUUGAGAUGAUGUAAAUUAUUUGACCAGACAUGUCUGACCUGGAUUGAUAAAUAUCAAAAGUCUUCUGGACAUGAACAACAUGUAGGAUAGAUGUGAUUGCAAGUGUACUGGCAUGGCCCUGUCGAAGCGGCUAGCUUCUACACGGUCCAGGGUUUUCCAUAUUGCACGUCAUUUUAUGGUCACGG